GCGUGGGCUGUCGGGCUGGCUCUGCUUAGGGUUUUCAGGAAACAUGGACGCGGCGAAGGUAGUUGGAGUCUAAGGACUCUUGUGACGAUCUCCGGGUGCCCUCUGAGAGGAAAGGGGAGGAUGCCGUUGGAAUCAUCUUCCUCUUCAAUGCCACUAUCUUUCCCUUCUCUCUUACCCUCGGUACCAGACAAUAUUACUAACUCUUUCCCUCCCUCAAUGUCUUACAUCACUUCCCAGGAGAUGAAGUGUGUUCUUCACUGGUUUGCCAAUUGGUCAAGUCCCCAGCGUGAACGUUUCCUACAGGAUUUGGUAGCUAAGGCAGUGCCAGGAAAGUUACAGCCACUGCUGGAUAGUCUGGAGCAGCUUAGUAUGUCUGGGGCAAACCGACCACCCUGUAUCUUUGAGUGCCAGCUACGUCUUUGGGAUCAGUGGUUUCGAGGUUGGGCUGAGGAGGAGCGCAAUGAAUUUGUCAGGCAGCUGGAGGUCAGUGAGCCAGACUUCGUGGCAAAGUUUUACCAAGCAGUGGCCGCUACAGCUGGUAAAGACUGACAGGCAUUCACAUCAAAGAAGAUAACCACAACUGAUGGAGCCAGGGCCAUGACUCUACAGUGAGAACUAAAUUCAAACGUGUCAUUGAAAGAUCUAGGAGUGGUAUACUGAUCAGCUGACUGAAUUUGCUGACCAGCACAGGCAUAGUUAUUUCAACAUUAACAGCAUGCCAACUGGACUCCUAGGGUAAAUGUUAUCCGUCUAAGCAAUCCAGAUCAGCAUUCUGUCUCCUAGUUUGCUUCUUUCCAAGAGAUGGCAAGCCCUCAAGAAUUUGGUAACUUCUUUUGCAACUAUAACCAGAAAGAACCUAUACAUUAUAACUCAAGCCUACUGCUGGCCCAUGAGGAAUAAAAGUGGAGCUCUCCUUUCCCAGAAACAGGACAAAAGGGCAAUAAAAGGUCAUAUUUUAUAGUUUAGCUGGAUUCAGAUGGCUGGUUUUACCACACUGACCAGAUUCUAGCAUGAUUAUGUGACAUCCCAACCACCAGCUUUCUCAGUGAUGAUUUAGUAAAAUUAUGGAAAAUCAGGAGAGGAAGAUAGUUACUCUCUUCCACAAUGUUUAUUUGAAUCCAGAUAGCAAUGACUUUUUUUCUAAAGGGUAUGUGAUAUCCUUGGAGCUGGUAGCAGGUGUUCCUAUUCUGUGAGUUUGCUCUGCAACAAUAGGAAAACAAGUGAUACUCUUCACAGGUUGAAUGGUUUAUUUUUUGUACCAAAAUAAAUAAUGGAUCUUCAGAA